GACUCGAUCCUAUCGCCACGCAAAACCCACCCCAAACCCCCGAGAUCCAUCGAUCGAUAUGAAGAUGGUUCGUCUCCGCAGCUCCGACGGCGAGGAGUUCGAGGUGGCGGAGGAGACCAUCGGCGCGGCGUCGGUGAUGAUCAAGGGCAUGCUAGAGGACGACGUCGCCGUCGACGUGAUCCCGCUCCCCAACGUGACCGGCCGCAUCCUCUCCCGCAUCCUCGACUACGUCAACAGGCACUUCUCCGACCCCGUCGGCGUCACCUCGUCCUGCCCCGGCGCCGACGACACCCUCAGGCGGUUCGACGACUCCUUCGUCCAUGUCGAUCAGGACACCCUCUUCGACCUCCUCCUCGCUGCCAAUUUCCUCGACAUGCAGAGCCUGCUCGACCUGACGUGCAAGGCGGUGGCGGACCAGAUCAGCGGCAGGAACCUCGAGGAGAUCCGCAAGAAGUUCAACAUCGUCAACGACUACACCAAGGAUGAGGAGCAGGAGGUCCGCAGGGAGAACUCGUGGGCAUUCAAUUAGAGUACUAUGUUUUGGCUCUCUAUCAUAUGCGCUUUCUCACACUUUAAAGCAAAUCAACGUGGGGUUUCAUGGCUACGUGAAUGUGCAUUCAUAAUCGGAACAAAGUAUAUAUAGGGAAGCACAAGGCGCGUCAGACACAGUGAAUAAAUUCUAUCCAUAUGAGAAACGAAGGUACAAAUGCUAUCCAGAU